UAGUUUGCAUUUUCAUGAGAUCAAGAUCUUGAUAGGAAAAAGGCUGAAAAUCUGACAUUUUUUUUCUCUUUCCAGAUAUGAGAAAUGAGUGUUGGACGCAGAAGAUUAAAACUGCUGGGUAUCCUGAUGAUGGUAAACAUUUUUAUUUAUGUGAUUGUGGAAGUCUCAAAAAGUGGCAGCCAAGAGAAGAACGCAAAAGGCCGUGUUAUUAUACCACGCAGCAAAUUCUGGAGAAAAUAUACUCCUCACAAAGCUUAUUGGAACAAACAGCAACAGAAGCUUGAACUGCUGUACAACCCUAUUCUGACCUUGCUUUCAAAUAUGACUGUGGAAGAGAACUUAAUUUCUAAUGCGAGUGUUCUUAGUUCCUGUGAACCUGACCCGUGGGUACCUUCAGAGGUUAGUGACUUUGCAAAUUUGCCAGACAGAUUCAAAGACUUUCUACUGUAUUUGAGAUGUAGAAAUUAUUCAUUAUUAAUGGAUCAGCCCAACAAGUGCAAACAUAAACCUUUUUUGCUGCUGGCUAUUAAGUCACUUACACCCCAUUUUGAUAGAAGGCAAGCCAUUAGGGAAUCCUGGGGCAAGGAAAUACAAUUGGGGAAUGUGACAGUCAAAAGGGUCUUCUUACUUGGACAGACCCCACCAGAGGAUAAUUUUCCUGAUCUUUCAGACAUGAUAAAAUUUGAGAGUGAAAGGCACCAAGACAUUCUUCUGUGGAACUACAGAGACACUUUCUUCAAUUUAACUCUGAAAGAGGUGCUGUUUCUUAAGUGGGUCAGCAGCAGUUGUGCAGAUGUCCAGUUUAUUUUUAAGGGUGAUGAUGAUGUUUUUGUGAAUACCCAUCAGAUCCUGGAUUACUUGAAGAGCUUAUCAAAGGAGAAAGCAAAAGACUUAUUUAUAGGUGAUGUGAUCAAAGAUGCUGGACCUCAUAGAGAAAAAAAAUUGAAGUACUACAUCCCAGAAAGUGUUUAUGAAGGUUCAUAUCCUCCGUAUGCAGGAGGCGGUGGGUUUCUGUACUCUGGUGAUCUGGCAUUAAGACUGAAUAAUGCAUCUGACCAGGUACUCCUUUACCCUAUUGAUGAUGUUUAUACUGGAAUGUGCCUUCAGAAGCUUGGGCUUGCUCCAGAAAAACACAAAGGCUUCAAAACAUUUGAUAUUGAAGAGAAAUACAGAAAUAACAUAUGUUCCUACACAAACUUAAUGUUAGUGCAUAGUAGAAAACCUCAAGAAAUGAUUAAAAUUUGGACACGCUUGCAAGAUCCCCACUUAAAUUGUUAAAGUAAUGUGCAUAAGUGUCUUAAGUCCAAAUAACUUUCCAAGUUUGGGUCUGACUUUCUUGGUGGACCACUGAAGCUCUGUUUAAUAGUAUAGUUUUCUCUGGAAACUUUUUCUGUACUUUUAAAACUGAGAACAAUACUAUAAUUUGAGGGGAUGGCUUGAAGACUUGGUCCUGACUUUUCUGCUGUCCUGGUGGUCAUUAUGUUUCAAUAUUUGUCUUAAUUUUGAAAAGGACUUCAAGGAUGUGACUAGCUGUCAGUGACUGGUUAGCUGUAUUGGGAACAGGGAUUGCCUAUUACAAUGCAUCUUUCAUUAAUUGUGAUGGUGGAAAAGAAUUUUUCCUUGAGUAGUGUUUGUGUGUGGGUGUGUGGAAACCACUGUAAAUUGAAAAUUCACAAAUUGGAGGAAUGUAGUUU